UUAACUGGCGACGUAAUGCUGCUGCUUGCGAGGUGGUGUUCAUGUGAGAAAAGGGAUGAGCUGCUGUUUAAGCGCUGAGGGUUGAGAUUAGAAACCAAGGUUUCGAUUCUACAGUUGACGGCGGGCGAUGUGAGCGAAUCCGAAGGUCUCGUUCUGCAGGAGAGAAGCUGCUCUUUCCUGUGAGAGCAGGGUGUUGUGUGAGAAUAUAAACGCGUGAGGCUGAGGGAAAAUCCAAAGAAGGUGUAUCUGGUACAAAUAGCCUCCUUACCGAGCUCUACACGGUAAAUUGCUAUGCCGAGAUGUAUAAUUGAGCGCUGUCAGUAUUCUCUAACAUACCAGGUAUAGUCUUAAAACUGUGCCAGGGGAGGUUUAGGCUGGACAGUAGGAGGAAUUUCUUCGCAGAAAGGGUGAUUAGACUUAGAAAGGGCUGCCCAGGGGGGUGGUGGAGUCGUGGUCCCUGGAGGUGUUUAAGGAGAGCCUGGAGGUGGCACUCGGUGCCAUGGUCUAGUCGACACGGUGGUGUUCGGUCACGGGUUGGAUUCGAUGAUCUCAGAGGUCUUUUCCAAUCUAAUUGAUUCUGUGAUUCAGUGAAGGUGCUACUGUGUUGCCAGUGAUCCAGGGGUUGCUGUCAGGUGAAGGAUCUGAUCCCAGUUCUGCAGGCUCACGGCUCUGCGCUGCUUAGAUCUGUUCAGAUUCACAUAGAAAUGGAAGGGAGGUGAAAAAACAAGUGGAUUUUGAAAAACAUAAGCUUGAUACAGCUUAAUUACCAGAGUAUGGAAAAGGUACUAAUAGUUGUGGCCAUCUGCACAAAGCACAUAACUAUAUGUUUAACUCUUCAUUUAUUUUUCCUUCAAGCAGCUCUGCAAAAGAUGGAUUUCUGUAGAAAAUCAGACACAGUUUGGGCAUGUUUGAGACAUACUGUUGAAACCCCAUAUUUUCAAUUCCUGCAAAUGGAACAGCAAUCUUUAUAUAAAAUGUGUAAGAUUUUUAAAACCUUCACUACCUCCUGAAGCUCUGAGGCAAGUUUGCCAAAUCUGGGGCUGCAUCAUCGCUCUGCACAUCUGGAAGUGGUUUAUGGGCUCUCAUUCCUCCAGUGUGGCGUCUGGACUCUGUGCUAUUCCUCAGCAGCAGAGAAAGAAAAGAAAACCAGCACAACUCCAAAGUAAACUUUGAAGAGUCUGAAAAAGGAAUUGAAUCGUAAAACUGUUUCUGUGCCCUGCAAGGCCCUUGUGCGGGUGACUUCAAAGGAGGAUGGUGGUCAAGGAGGCUUUGGCAAGAGUGCUCACAGCUGUGGGCUAUCUAGGAUCCAAGUAAAUAGCUCCUCAGCGCUUCAAGAGAGAGGAGUCCCGAAUACUGUGCUGCUUUGAAGAGAUCACAGUUCUCAUCCAACCGGACACAUGGCUCUUUUAAAGAAAAUUAACCAGAUCUUACUGUUACUUCUUGUCUUAACUGUGUGUGCCAUUCUGUAUAACAAAGUUCACCAAGUGCCAUCGGCAUUAAAAAAUGAAACAGUUGAUUUGGAGAGUCCUGAGGAAACGGAAGAAGAAAUCCCAGUGGUGAUCUGCGCUGCUGCGGGCAGGAUGGGUGCAGCUGUAGCAGCCAUCAGUAGCAUCCACAGCAACACAGAGGCCAGUGUUUUGUUCUACAUAGUUGGGCUGAAGACAACCAUCCCACAUAUUCGAAAAUGGAUUGAAAAUUCUAAACUGAAAGAAAUAAAAUUUAAGGUUGUGGAAUUCAACCCUAUGGUACUAAAAGGAAAAAUCAGACAAGAUGCAUCGCGUCCUGAGCUACUGCAGCCUCUGAACUUCGUUCGAUUUUAUCUUCCUUUGCUUAUCCAGAAACAUGAGAAAGUAAUAUAUUUGGAUGAUGAUGUUAUUGUUCAAGCUUUUUCAGAUGAUUGUGAUCUGCCUUCUACACAUGAAAUGAUUCGAAGUGUAGGGAUGCAGAACACGUACAUGGGAUUCCUGGACUACAGAAAGCAAGCUAUCAGAGAUCUUGGCAUCAGCCCCAGCACCUGCUCCUUUAAUCCUGGAGUAAUUGUUGCUAACAUGACUGAAUGGAAACAUCAGCGGAUUACGAAGCAGUUGGAAAAGUGGAUGCAAAGAAAUGUAGAGGAAAACCUCUACAGCAGCACCCUUGGGGGAGGCGUGGCAACCUCUCCAAUGCUGAUUGUAUUUCAUGGAAAGUAUUCCUCUAUUAAUCCUAUGUGGCACAUAAGGCAUCUUGGUUGGAGUCCUGAUGCCCGUUACUCAGAGCAAUUUCUUCAAGAAGCUAAACUACUUCACUGGAAUGGGAGAUACAAACCUUGGGACUAUCCCAGUGUCCACACUGAUCUCUGGGAAAACUGGUUUAUUCCUGACCCUUCAGGGAAGUUCAAAUUAACUCGUCCUGAUAGCUGAUACUGAAACAACUUAAAUACUGCAAAAUGUAGUGUAUUGGAUGCAUGUAAUAGUUUGAGAUGCAGCAUAAGAGUCAUAUGAUUAACUGAUUUUAGAAACCAAAUAUUUGUUAAAUUUAUGAAUAACUGACCCUCACUUUUGUUUGCUUGGAGCUGGAGAGGGAGGCUGGAGUGACCAUUACACAGUUCAGAUUAUCCUGACUUUCACGUAAGGUGAGGAACCAGGUUUACUUGAC